AUGCCUAGGGGGACGGAACCCUUACGCGGACUAUAUACGCUUAAUAUAUCUGCCUCCCCCUCCCCCGCUUCCUCCUUCUCGGAGCGUACGGAGUCGUUCGUCGACGCUAUACUAAGCACGGCCGACGACGGCUCCGCCGCUGCCGCUGCUCCUACCCGCGCCCCCGCUCCUGCCCGCGCCCCCGCGACCGCGCCCACCGCCGCCGCCUCUGCCUCUGCUGCGCUGGCCGCCCUUACGUCGCCCUUCCGGGUAACGACGCCGUCCCCGCCGCCGGCCCUCGCGGGCCUAGAGGGCCGCCUAAGCGCCCUAGAGAGCGCCGCCGCCGCUAAUAAGGUAGAGGAGGACGAUAAGGAUAAGGAUAAGGACGACGAUAAGGAUAAGGAGUAG